AUGUACGGAGAAAAGAAGGUCGGAGAGGACCUCCCGCCGGUUCAGACCAGAGGCGUUGGCGAAAUAGACGACUUGCCGAAGAUUGACGAUGUCAACCAGGACGCAGUGUUCGGUGAGAUCAGCGAGGACGGUCCGAACUAUCGCGAUGUCGGUUGGAUGGGGACGGUCGUGUUGAUGAUGAAGACCCAGAUUGGACUGGGUGUUCUUGGUAUACCUUCAGCCUUGCAUACACUUGGCAUGGUCCCGGGUGUCAUCAUCAUCUGCCUCAUCGCAGCGAUGACCACUUGGUCCGGAUGGAUGGUCGGUGUCUUCAAGCUUCUGCAUCCUCAGGUUUACGGUAUCGAUGAUGCUGGUCAAAUCGUUGGAGGGCGCAUUGGCAAGGAGAUUCUGUACUGGGGGUUCAACAUCUACUUUACCUUCCUCGCAGCAUCUGCAAUGUUGGGUAUCUCCAUCGGAUUCAAUUCGCUGUCGUUGCACGGCGCAUGCACGGCCAUCUUCGUUGCGGUCGCCGCCAUCAUCGGCUUCUCCUUCGGCAGCAUCCAGACACUCGGAAAGGUCUCCUGGAUCGCUUGGGCGGGUGUCGCUGGUAUCCUUACCGCUGUCUUCUCCCUGACCAUCGCAGUUGGUGUACAAGACCGCCCUGCCGCUGCUCCACAAGAAGGCCCGUUCAAGAGCGACUUCAAGGUCAUUGGAGACCCAACCUUUGAGGAAGCCAUCUCCGCCGUCGCGACCAUUGUCUUCGCAUUUGCUGGCUCUCCGGCUUUCUUCUCGGUGAUCUCAGAGAUGAGGAAUCCAAGGGACUACACCAAGUCCCUCAUGAUCGCACAGGGGGCUGUCGCUCUCGUCUACCUCAUCAUCGGCAUCGUCGUCUACUACUACUGCGGAUCCUAUGUUGCCUCGCCCGCUCUCGGAUCUGCUGGUGUCACAAUGAAGAGAGUCUGCUACGGCCUCGCCCUGCCCGGUCUGGUCGCCUCGUGCAUGUUGUUCGUCCACCUGCCGGCCAAGAGCAUCUUCAUGCGCUUCAUGCGUGGCACCAAGCACUUGACCACGAACACACCCAUCCACUGGAUGGUCUGGUUCGGCUGCACCGGCGGUAUAACCAUAAUCGGAUACCUCAUUGGCUCCGGCAUUCCCGUUUUCGAUGGCCUCAUCUCCCUCAUCGGUGCCCUGUUGGCUUCCUUCAUGAGCUUCAUUCCAAUGGGCUUGAUGUGGCUGCACGACAACUACAGAAGAAGCAAGUCCGAGCGCGACUGGAAGUGGACGUUCGGCGUCUCCUGGAGUAUCGCCAUGAUCGUUCUCGGCGCAUUCAUCAUGAUUGGUGGCACCUACGGCUCCGUUGUUGGAAUUAUCAACUCGGAGGAUCGCACCGCUCCAUGGUCUUGCGCCGACAACUCGAACUCUUCGUAG